AUGACGUUCCCCAAAUUGGAUGCUCGCCACAUCCAAAAUAUGAGCGCUGCCACGUCGUUGGAGCCUCAUUGGGGAUAUUACGACCGGGCACUGCCCUGCACAAACGAUGCAGGUUCGUGUGCCUAUUUAGACGAUGUCUAUUACUCCCAUGACCGAGGAAUGCUCUAUUCCGGUAUCAUGUGGUGCGUGAUUGGAGCGAUGCUGCUCAGUUGGGUUGUUUUGAAGCAAUUUGGCACACCAAUGUCACCCAUGAUGGCCACACCAGCGCCAGUUGGGCUAUCCAAAAUUCAGCGAGCUUUUUCGUCCUUCAUUCGGAGAUAUCUCCUUCCUGAUGCCACUCGGAUGAUAUUUGGACGGACUACCCGUCUGCAGGUGCUUAUUCUCGCCCUGCUUUUGGGGUACCUUCUCAUCUUCAGCUUUGUGGGAAUCGUGUAUAACACUUGGGUCACUCCUGUUUCGGAUAUGCCCGGUGUAUACAACACCCGCAACAGCAUCGGUCCUUGGUCAGAUCGUGUAGGCACCCUAGCCUACGCCCUCACUCCACUUUCUAUCUUGUUAAGCAGUCGGGAGUCUUUCCUUUCGUUGAUCACUGGCCUGCCAUACCAGAGUUUCAAUUUCAUGCACCGCUGGCUCGGUUACAUCAUCUUCCUGCAGAGCUCCCUUCACACAAUUGGCUGGUGUGUCGUCGAGAUCAGACUCUACCAGCCUCAGCCCACCGUUGCCCUUGCCUGGGUCAAAGAGACUUACAUCGUUUGGGGCAUCGUCGCCAUGAUUCUCUUGCUUUUGCUCUUCGCAUUGAGCACUCCGUGGGGAAUCAAGCUCACUGGCUACGAGACCUUCCGCAAGCUUCACUAUGUUCUUGCAAUGGUCUAUAUUGGUGCAUGCUGGGGCCACUGGAAACAACUCAAGUGUUUCCUCUGGCCAUCUCUAAUCUUCUGGUUCCUUGACCGCGGCGCUCGGCUGGUCCGAACUGCCAUCCUCCAUUAUCAUCCUGAACAAUCCAGCACACUCGGUCUCGGCUUCAAAGCCGCAGACGCAACAAUCACCCGCUUCCCAGACGAGGAGCACGGCGACGUCAUCCGCCUUGACUUAGACAACAACCAAGACCCCUGGGCCAUCGGCCAACACUACUACCUUUGCUUCACACAAUGCAGCAUCUGGCAGUCCCACCCUUUCACUCCGCUCAACCUCCCAGCCGUCUCAAAGGGAACAGUGAGACACUCCUACCUCCUCCGCGCCAAAGGCGGCGAAACGAAAAAGGUCGCUGCCCUCGCCGCAAAGGGUAACCCCACCAUGCCUAUCAUCCUAACAGGCGCCUACGGGGAAGAAAUCACCACUUCUCUAACACCAAACACGAACAUCUUCUGCGUCGCCGGUGGAACAGGAAUCACCUACGUCCUCCCCGUCCUUCUGGAACUAGCACAACAACCCCGCUCGCCAGACCGUAAGGUCGAGUUGAUCUGGGCAAUUCGCCACACUUCAAACACAGAGUGGAUCAAAGCCGAACUGGAUAUCCUCCAGAAAGCACGCAAGGAAUUGAAUCUCGAGAUCAAAAUCUACGCUACGCGAGACACAAGCAGCAAGACACCAUCGCUGGACGACUCAGAGAACUGCAAUUUAUCUAUUCCGGUCGACUCACCCAAGGUUGAGAUCGAUGAGAAGGCCGUGCAGAUCUCGCCUUCUUCGUCGUCCGAGUCUGGUUGCUGUGGAUGUGACAAGCCAACUGCCAUCGAGCGACUCGGUAGUGGCUCCGAGGAUGUGAACAGACAUCCUGAUUUGCCUGUGCUUGUUAAGUCUUUCCUUGAGGAUACGGUGCGUGGUCCCACUAGUAUUUUUGCUAGUGGACCUGGUGGCAUGAUCAGUGAUCUGAGGGAUAUUGUUGCUUCUUGUAACUCUGGUUCAAGGGUUUGGAGGGGCUUGGAGAGGUUUGAUGUUCAGCUUGUUUGUGAUGAUCGGUUGGAGUGGUGA